UGUUGUUGGAAGUAGUUCUAUGGCACAGGAGGAUGAUGCUUAUGCAGACACCGAUUCUGAUGAUUGUCUUGAGCUUAAGGAGCUAGAUGGGGAAGAGGAUGUUCAUGUAACUGCUUUGCAUAGAAUGUUGUUUGCUGAUGUACUUCAGGCUCCUAUGAAUUACAUUGAAGGUAGCGAGAAAAUACUUGAAGUUGGUGGAAAGUCUGUCAGCUGGCAUAAUUUCUACGUUGCUAUGAAGGGUGGUGGUUUCAUGGAUCCUUCUGUUAUGGAUGUCUUUCUUAAGUGCGUUGACGAUGGUCUUGAUUUCUUAUUUAUUCCAAGCUCUUUGGCGCAUAUUCUUGAUGUGGACGAGGCGGACCCUAUUCAUCUUGCUGCAAGUUUUGCAGAACAUGAUCUGAAGUACUAGGUUUUGGAUAG